AUGGGCUGGAACUAUGGAUCCUGGCGCCUCGAUGAUAUUAACCUCAAGCAGCAGCCACAUCAUCCCCAGCAGCAUCGCAAGUCUCAGCCUUUUAGCUUUUAUGCACGCGACUACUACUACCAACAGCAACAGCAGCAGCAGCAGCAACAACCACACAUUUCCCUAAGCAACGGCAGCAUGCGGCAACAGCAACAACAGCAGCAGCAGCACAGACGCCACCACCAGGAGCAGCAACUACAGUCGAUCAUCAUAGACGAGAGCGACGAUAAUGAAAUAGAUGAGGAGCAUCAGCAGCAGAUGAGGCUGAAUUUCGAGCGCUAUAUGGAGGAGCUGAAGCAGUUCGUCCCCUACGAUCACCAAGAAACUUUGUGCAAUAGCAACACCAAUAAUAGUAACAACAAAAACAGUAACAGCAGCAACAACAGAGAUCCCACAAAUGCCAAUCAAAUGGAAGCUACUACAACUACUACUAAUAGUAACGAUAAUGCUAAUAAUAAUAAUAGUUAUGCUAACAGUACUAGGAAUUACAACAAAAGGCAGCCGUAAGCAGCAACACAUGCAACAUGCAACAACACCCAUUGAUACUCAAAGAAACAAUUUUACCGAAUAAGAACCUAAAAUGUUGAAACAAUUUAAGGGUAAGCCAAAUUCAUUUGUCAAUUAUGUAGGCGAAACAGAGGAAUCGAGCCAGCUGCGUAGAAACGAAAAAGGAAUCUAAUGCUGAUCUGUGCAGGAAGCAACGUACAUACAUAUAUUGUCAUGGUUUCAACUAGAUACGGAUGUUGCAGUUGCAACCGUCGCACAAGCCCACAUCCACACGCACUUUAUACCGUAUAGUAAGAGAAUUUAUUCUUAAUGAAAUUUUAAUUGUAAAGCUAAAAGGGUUUCCAAGGCAGCUAAGAAGAGGGUGGAAAAUAAUCUGGAUAAAAUUGAAGAAAAAAGGUUUUAAUAAGUAGCACUCAAAUAUUUACAAGUAAAACCAGAGAAGAAACUAUAUAAAAUAUACUAAUUGUAUUUCAAGAACUACUCAUAUGUGGAAUUACAAGUUUUUAAAAUCGUUGGACCUGUCAGACAUUUGUGCCAAAGUCUCUCUUGGUGGUAGUGCCAACAUCCAUGGCUGCACUCUCUCUCUUUGCACCUGUUCGUUGUUGCAUUUAACACUAAUAUGCGCACUCAGACACUCACAAACAUACGCACACCAAACACACACCCACGAAGAACACCCACUAACCCACCCUGAAGCCACUCUGAUACUCUAGAAAAGUUAGGAGCGAACAUUGAAGACAUUUUAAACGAGAGAUUUCUAAGCUGCUAACCAUUUAAAUGUUUUAUAUAAAUGUAUAAUUAAUUAUAAUUACGAUAAUUGCCGUUUUGGUGUUACAAAAAACACACAAAAACCAACCAGAAUAACAACAAAUAACAAGAAAUGUAAAAUAGUAUAACAGAACUACAAACUACACAGUUUAAUCGAUAUUUAUAAAGAAGAAAAAAGUAAUAAUAUUUAAUGGAAAUUUCUCUGCAUACAUGUAUCUAUAUCUAUGAUGUACAAAUCUGUGCGUUUGUCUAUGUUAAUGGACCUUUGAAGACAUGCCCUAAUCUUAGAAACGCAGUUUUAAACUAAUCUAAUCCGAGCUAAACUAAUUCGCUGAUUACGGAUACUAAACUAAUGUUAAUUUAUUCACAACCAUUUUAAAAAAGUGUGCGAAUGAGUCUCGAACAGAGCGAUUGUGGUUGAUCCAACCCGAUCUGAUGUAUUAUAGUUAGCGAGCGAUCCUCACCGAUCCAGAUCCAGUUGGAUCAGUGCAUGUGGCCGAGUUUGUUAUCCAGUCUAUAAAAACCUAUUAAAGACGCAUUAAGGGCGUGAGUUAAUCUUAAUUUUUACAGACUCCUCUAACUGUGUAAAUAUGAUUGAUGAUUCUCCCAAGAUUUCUGCUAGAUAAUCUACAUUAA